AAAGCUCAUCAUCUAAGGCCAUAACCAUCUUCUUCUCCUACUUCCCCAAACAAACAUAAUGGCAAAUCUCGACUUACUGAAUCAAGUUUCAAAACCCACUUUGUUUUACGGCACUGCUUCAAUUGCUCUACUUGUCUACUUCAUCAUCAAAAGAUUCGGUACCAAGAAUAAAUCAUCAUCAAAGUUACAACAGGCACCUGAACCAGCCGGUGCAUGGCCAAUCAUCGGUCAUCUCCCGCUCUUAGCCGGACCUGACCUUCCUCAUAUAACACUGGGGAAAUUAGCAGACAAAUACGGAUCCGCCUUUGUUAUUCGAAUAGGUGUUCACAAAGCACUUGUUAUCAACAGUUGGGAGGUCGCAAAAGAGUGUUUCACCACCAACGACAAGGUUUUCUCUUCUCGACCACGUCAAGUAGCCAUGAAACACAUGGGUUACGAUUAUGCCAUGUUCGGCUUCGCUCCUUACGGAGAUUACUGGCGCGAGCUUCGUAAGAUCAUCAACCGAGAAGUUCUUUCUCACAGUCGUAUCGAGUCCUUGUAUCACAUAUGGGGUAAAGAAAUUAACACAUCCAUUAAAGAGCUGUACGGUCUGUGCGGGAAGAAACCAGCGUUGGUUGAAAUGAAACAAUGGUUUAGCGAUUUGACGCUGAACAUGUCAGUGAUGAUGGUUGCCGGGAAAAGGUACAACUUUGGCGCUGACAAAGUAGACGACGAAGCUAAGAGAUGCCAAGAUGGCCUGAGAAAUUUCUUUCGGUUGGUGGGUUUGUUUGUGCCAUCGGAUGCCGUGCCGUCCUUGGCAUGGCUGGAUAUCGGUGGUUAUGAAAAGGAGAUGAAGAAAGUUGCGAAAGAACUCGACGAGUUGAUGCAAGAAUGGCUAGAUGAGCAUAAGAAGAAGAGAGCUUUAUUGAAAGCGCAAGGAAAACAAGGAGGUGAUCAAGAUUUCAUGGAUGUUAUGAUGACUAUACUUGAAAAUGAAAAAAUAUCGGAAUUUGACUCCGAUACCGUCAACAAAGCUACCGGAUUGACUCUAAUCCUGGGCGGAACUGAUACAAAUAUGGUAAAUUCAGUCUGGGCGUUAGCUUUAUUGGUUAACCAUCAAGAUGCACUCAAGAAAGCCCAGGAUGAGUUAGACCUCCACGUAGGCAGAGACAGACAAGUAAGCGAGUCAGAUGUCAAAAACCUCGUGUACAUCCAAGCUGGAAUGAAGGAAACUCUGCGUUUAUACUCAGGUCCAUUGUCCGGUCUCCGGGAAUCAACCGAGGAUUGCACCGUAGCUGGUUACCACGUACCUGCGGGAACCCGUUUGAUUAUAAACGCUUCAAAGAUUCAUCGUGAUCCACGAGUAUGGUCUGAUCCAACAUCAUUCAAACCAGAGAGAUUCUUAGAAGAGCACAAAGGCAUGGACGUUAGAGGCCAAGAUUUUGAACUCUUACCUUUUGGGGCGGGUAGAAGAAUUUGCCCUGGUACUGCUUUCGCACUGCAAGUUUUGCCGUUGGCUUUGGCUCGUUUGCUGCAUGGUUUCGACUUCAAGAGGCCUACUGCUGCACCUAUUGAUAUGACAGAGAGCCCUGGACUGACUAACGCUAAAUCCACCCCACUUGAAGUUCUUGUCUUUCCACGGCUUUCUCCCGAACUUUAUGAAUGUUGAGUAGUUAACGCGGUAAGUGAGUUUGUAUUGUGUUGAAAUAUAUCAAUAAAAUUAGUUGGUCUAUUUACUCUUUGAGCUCAGACCAGCUAACUGUAAUUUGUAAAAAAAUUACUUUUCCAAUUUACUGCUGAUUUUUUUAAAAACCUAACGAAAUUAGUUUCGUUGUGAGACUCAUUUUGUCCUAGCUGAUCAGGCUUAUACAAGUAUGUAAUAACAUGAAUAAUAUAUGCAAUGAAAUAUGGUCGUAAGAGUGCUGUCGGAUACCAU